UCGCUACUCCUUACAAGUUACAAUCCCCUUCCCCCUUUUCUCCAAUAAAUCCUAAAACCCUAACCCUACUUUCCUCCACUUGUAAAUACCCAAUACCCUGUUUUCCAUUUUCUUCCUUAUAUAUAUAUAUAUAUAUAUAUAUAUAUAUAUAUAUAUAUAUAUAUAUAUAAACACGUACAACACCAAAAUUCACUUCACUGAUCACUCUCCCAACCUCACUCAUCCAAUCCCAAACACCAUGUUGCUACUACAGUUCACUUCCAACUCCAUACCCUUUCUCUGCUUCCUCUUAUUGCUCCCGAUCAUGACCAUUAGCUCCGAUUCAGAGCCACCCCCGUCGGUCUACGACGUCCUCCUGGCCCACGGCCUUCCGAUGGGGCUGCUGCCUAAGGGUGUGACUCAGUUCGAAAUCGACGAGGGCGGCCGGUUCCAGGUGUACCUGGAUCAGGCCUGCAAUGCCAAGUUCGAGAGUGAAUUGCAUUACGACAGGAACGUGUCUGGGACUCUCAGUUACGGCCGGAUCGGAGCGUUGUCGGGUAUUUCGGCCCAGGAGCUCUUUCUCUGGUUUCCGGUCAAGGGUAUUCGGGUCGAUGUCCCCAGCUCCGGCAUCAUUUACUUCGAUGUCGGCGUUGUUUUUAAGCAAUUCUCGCUUUCGCUAUUCGAAACACCGCCGGAUUGUACUGCUGCCACCCCCGCCGACCAGGCUGAUGUCGACGGCGGCAGGCUCAUCGUUGACACUGUUUCCAAGAGUAAAUCGGGAAAACUGCGGUAUGGUCUCGAUCAGGAGCAACAUUUUGGGAGAGGUUUUGAGUAGGAAUUUUGGGGGAGAAAUGUGAGUUAGAAUUGUGGGUUAUACACAGAGAGUCUGGGGUAUGGGUUAGUGUGGUUACUUGCGUUGUUUUAAGUUUUUAAUGGCCGGUGAAUUCGAUUCGAACCAGAGAUUGGACGAGGCAGAGAGAGAGAGAGAGAGCUAUUACAAAAGAUUUGAAGACCAAAUCAGGUGAUGAAUCCGCAACAGGUUUAUGUUGUAUUUUGUGUAUUAUUAUUAAGUCUAUAUGGUAUCAUGAAAAUCAUUGAUAACAUAAAAGCUUCCAAUAAAAAAGAACUCUACUUUUUUUUGUAGCAAUGCUCGAGUAAUUUCUUAUUGAUGUUUUUGAGUUGUGCGUGGAAUGGAACAGAUGAAGAAUGCUAACCCAGUUCGUUUUUUCUGUUCUGAAACUAACCAAUUUUGAAUUUUCAUAGAGGACUUAUAUUUGCAUUGUUAUGCUCAGGUAUAAACCUUGAAGGGCUCUGUUUCCAUUGUCAGAGAGUUUGAGCAGAGGUUUUGUUCCACAAGUUCUUACCAAAUUUUGCUUUGCUUUGUUUUUCUGGUUAACUCUGACAGGUUCUGGGGUUUUGGGUUUUCGCUUCUGUUUUUUCUUCUCGUCAGAGGCUUGUUCUUAUUUACUAUCCACGUUUUUGUUUGUUUGA